UGAAGACCUCUGCCGCCUGGGCGCCUUCAGCCUUCCGGAGCCAAGGACCCUAGGUCCCAGCUUGAGAAACUCCCGUAUUCCUAACCCCCAGGGUAAAGAACCCCAGGUGCUCCCACCUCCCAGCUUUCAGCGCAGGGCGCAAACGAAGAGCAGAGGAGCCCCAGCGCCAGGGAAUCCAGCCCAGGGAAUCUCAAACACUCCAGCUUCCAAGAGACAAGGAACUUACGCGCUGUGAACUCACAACUCCAGGGAACCCUCCAAAGUUCCAGCCUCCAGGCUCUGUUAACAAAGUUUUAAGGAACGAGAGCGUCCUGGGAAGGAGCCCCAAGCGCUCCCAGCUUCCAGGCUCUGAGGAACCCCGGGGCGUUCAUCAUGGUGGCCGAUCCACCUAAGGGAGACCCCAAGGGGUACGCGGCGGCGGAGCUCACCGCCAACGGUGUCUCGGCGUUGGUCCCCCUAGAGGACCUCGGCUCGGCAAAAGGCGGCUGUUGCGGCUCCGGGGACCAGGUGCGCCGCUGCCUUCGCGCCAACCUGCUGGUGCUGCUGACAGUGGUGGCAGUGGUGGCGGGCGUGGCUCUGGGGCUGGGGGUCUCGGGGGUCGGCGGCGCGCUAGCGCUGGGCCCAGCGCGCCCGGAGGCCUUUGCCUUCCCGGGCGAGCUGCUGCUGCGCCUGCUAAAGAUGAUUAUCUUGCCGCUGGUGGUGUGCAGCCUGAUCGGCGGCGCGGCCAGCCUGGACCCGAGCGCGCUCGGCCGCCUGGGCGCCUGGGCGCUGCUCUUUUUCCUGGUUACUACGCUGCUAGCGUCGGCGCUCGGCGUGGGCUUGGCGCUCGCACUGCAGCCGGGCGCCGCCUUCGCCGCCAUCAACAGCUCGGUCGGGGCCACGGGCUCCGUGGAAGAGGCCCCCAGCAAGGAGGUGCUCGAUUCGUUCCUGGAUCUUGUGAGAAAUAUCUUCCCCUCCAACCUGGUGUCCGCAGCCUUCCGCUCAUACGCUACCUCCUAUAAGGAGAGAUUGUUCAACGGAACCCAGGUGAAGGUGCCCGUGGGGGGUGAGGUGGAGGGUAUGAACAUCCUGGGCCUGGUGGUGUUUGCCAUCAUCUUUGGCGUGGCCCUGCGGAAGCUGGGGCCUGAGGGAGAGCUGCUCAUCCGCUUCUUUAACUCCUUCAAUGAUGCCACCAUGGUGCUGGUCUCCUGGAUCAUGUGGUAUGCCCCUGUGGGCAUCUUGUUCCUGGUGGCCGGCAAGAUCGUGGAGAUGGAGGACGUGGGGAUGCUCUUCGCUAGUCUCGGCAAAUACAUCCUGUGCUGCCUGCUUGGCCACGCCAUCCACGGGCUUCUGGUGCUGCCAUUCAUCUACUUCCUCUUCACCCGCAAGAACCCCUACCGGUUCCUGUGGGGCAUCAUGACGCCGCUGGCCACUGCCUUCGGGACCUCCUCCAGCUCCGCCACGCUGCCGCUGAUGAUGAAGUGCGUGGAGGAGAAGAACGGCGUGGCCAAGCACAUCAGCCGCUUCAUUCUGCCCAUCGGUGCCACUGUCAACAUGGACGGUGCCGCGCUCUUCCAGUGUGUGGCCGCAGUGUUUAUUGCACAGCUCAAUCAGCGAUCCUUGGACUUCGUGAAGAUUAUCACUAUCCUGGUCACCGCCACAGCAUCCAGUGUGGGCGCCGCUGGCAUCCCCGCCGGAGGUGUCCUCACUCUGGCCAUCAUCCUCGAGGCGGUCAGCCUGCCGGUUCACGACAUCUCCUUGAUCUUGGCUGUGGACUGGCUAGUCGACCGGUCCUGUACCGUCCUCAACGUGGAAGGUGACGCCUUUGGGGCAGGACUCCUCCAAAAUUACGUGGAUCGCACAGAGUCCCGCAGUUCAGUGCCCGAGCUGAUCCAUGUGAAGAGUGAGGCGCCCUUGGCUGCGCUGCCAGACCACACCGAGGAAGGGAACCCUCUCCUCAAACGCUGUCCAGGACCUGCUGGGGACGCUGACACCUGUGAGAAGGAAUCAGUCAUGUAAAUCCCAGUAG